AUAUUAUAGCAUAACAGUCUGAAAUUCGCAUUUGGCUCCGACUGGGCGCGGUUUGGUUAAGGUCGCGGGCGUUUUAAGACAACAUAUACCAAAUGCAGUUUCGUCAAAGUCAUGUUAAACUGUAAUGCAUAUGUAGCUUAGCCAGCUUGUUAGCUUGAUUAUACUCUGAAGUUGGACGCUGUGCACUUGGAGCUCUCCGCUUCUCUCAGCAGUCACCAUGGAGGAAAGACGAGACCGCAGGACUAUCAGUGUUUACGACUGCCGCCCUGAAGAUGAAAAGCAAAUUACGAGUAAAUUGCUGGAUACAAGUGGUUUGGACUUCAAUGGCUUUCUUCGACUUCUGCACCGGACAUUCUCAAUCCGUCCUCGUGAAACAUAUGUGCUGGCCACAACGGACCGAAUUGUCCUGGAUUUCGACAAAUUUAAGGAGCUUCAGGAUGGCAGCACCCUCCAGUUGUUUCAGCGGGAGGACCAAGCUCUGGCAGGGUCAACGGAGGAGCGCAUCACGUUUGUGCCUCAUUACGAUACGUUGAUCAAGGGCGGCCUGUACGAGUACUACGCUAGUGAGGGCCAGAAAUCAUUGCCAUACGCACUUGCUGAGCUGAUGGACAACUCUCUUUCGGCCACAGCUAAAAAUACGGGAUUGAGGACAAUAGAGAUACGGAUGGUGUUUGAUGAAACUCUUGGGAAACCUACAGUGAUUGUCUUGGAUAACGGGUGUGGGAUGACCUCGAAACAGCUCAAGAACUGGGCCGUGUACAGACUCUCUAAAUUUUCCAGGGAAAAUGUCACAGUUGGAGGUAAGCAAGAGGGGUAUGUUCAGCCUGAUCCCGUCCCUCGUAGUCUCAACAGUGAUAUUUCCUACUUUGGAGUUGGAGGAAAACAGGCUGUUUUCUACAUCGGAAACUCGACCAGGAUGAUCACAAAACCAGUUGGCUCCCCAGAUGUUCAUGAGCUGGUUCUGUCAAAGGAGGCGUUUGAGAGAAAAGAGAGGGACAAAGAGGAUAUUUACAGCAGCGUCAUUAAAAACAGGAAGCCUGGUGACUCUUCGCAUGUGAAUAAAGACGAUGAGCGCUGCCUCCACGCCCUUAUCGCUGAGGAAUCUGGGAAGGAAAGCUUCACAGCCGUGGUCAUCACGGGAGUCCAUCCCGAGCAUAUCGCCUUUUUGAAACAAGAUUUUUUAGUGUGGACCAGACAGCUAGCCCACAUCUAUCACUAUUACAUUCAUGGAGUCAACGGAAAGGACAUGAGUAGCUGCUCUACAGGUUCGGAUCAUCCCUCUAAAAUCGACAUUCAGAUCACUUUGCGCGAGAAGCCUCCCAAAUGUCCCCGUGCGAUGACUCUGAGGGAAGUUGACGACGACAUGCAGACUCUGUACAUAAACGCUGCUGUAGACAGCUUUGAGUUCACGGCCGUCACUGGAGACGGAGGCUCGGUGGAGGGAGUCAUUCGGUAUCAUCCCUUCCUCUAUGACAAGGAGACUUACCCAGAAGAACCAGCCUCUGACGAUGAAGAUGACAUUGAUAAUGAAUCUGCCGCCCGGCAUCAGGCAAGAGGGAAGAGGCCGAUAUUCGACUGUUUCUGGAAUGGACGGCUUAUACCUUACACCAAAGUGCCCGAGUUUGACUGGUGUUCUCCGAAUAAAGGAACAAAGGAGCUUGCGGAGUGUUACAGUCGGAUCUCAGGAGUGCUUUUCAGUGACGACAGAUUCGAGGUCACCACGAACAAGCUCACCUUCAUGGACCUGGAGAUGAAACUGAAGCACAAGGACACCCUCUUCACACGCAUUGUUAAUUCACAGAAACAAAGAGGCAACAUUCAGAGGGAGUUUACGCAGUGGCUGAAAAACUGCCACGAGAAGUGGGACAAGCAAGUAAAGUUCUUGGGCUUUACGGAGACCAUAACACGACCAGAAUUGACUAAGAAAAUGCAGUUUCCCUGGGCGACGUUCUCUUCCAUUGAGUGGGACGGCAAAAUAUACAAAACGGGCCAACUCGUGAAGUCUCACAAAACGGUGCCCAUUCUGUAUGGUCGUGUGGUUCGUUUUUUGCUGCAUGGAAAACAUGACGACAGUGUGUUCUCCACAGGAGGAGAGGUUGAAGUGGUUCAGGAACCCAAAGCAUUUUACGACAAGGUGAAGAUCAUACCCAUUUCCAAGAUUGACAAGACCGCCACUGAUGAAGCCAUCAAGAUCAACAUUGACAAUGACUCCGCCAAGCUUCCAGAGCUUCUGAAAGUGGACUGGCCAGAAGGGAACCCCUGGCCACAGAAUGCUGCUCGUCCAGCCGGGACUCAGUUUGGGCCACUCCAAGUCGUCAUGCUCAACAAGAAGGGAGAGUCGUUAUCCACGAUGCCAUCAGUGGGCCAGGGAGCAGGGAAGAAACUGGUGGUUGAGCUCAAAGUCGUCCGGCACGGUCCUAAAGGAGAUGAAGCGGUUCUCGUUUUAAUUGCCCAACAUUCAGCGAAGUGGGGUUUCUGGUUCAACAAAAAUGACACUCUGACCACCCUGGGGAAGUAUACUCUGUUCCUAAACACGAAGGUAAACGAAACGAAUGCUUCCGUCUUUGGAGGCAAAGAGCUUCCAAGCUACAAACUCAAGUUCACCAUCAACGCGGGGGGUGCCGAGAGUUUCGUUGUCGGUGAAGUGAGCGCCACUCUUCACGUAGGAGCGCCAUUCAACAUUCCUCUGCUUAUAAAAGAUGGUUACGAUCACUCGGCGGCGCCUCCUCCUGAUCUCAAACCUGUACUCAAAUGCAGUGGCCUGGAUCUGAGUUACGAGACUGUGUACAUCAGUGGGACCACGAUCACCAUCAGAGGUGUCGAAGCAAGAGGAAAAGUCCUGAGUUACCAACAAUCAAAGACGUAUGACCUGAAAGUCACCCUGCCUGGCCUGAAGACAGACACGCAGACGAUCAAGAUCUGUCUUCUUCCUGGUAGUCCACAUUCACUCCACGUGAUGCCAGAAGACAACCCAAUCACAGUAGAGAAUGGAAACCCUGUCACGUUUAAUGUCCGGAUUCACGACGAGGCUGGAAACAUCACUGCUCGCCACAAACAGAUCGUUUGCUGCCAGGUUCAGGGGUUUCCAGCAGUGGCAAUCGACUGCAGCACCACAGGAGCCGGACAGCUUGUGACAAAGCCCAUAAACCUGAAAAUAAUCAACGCAGAACCACAAAACCUCAAAGUGAAAUUUGAGAUGCCUAGUCUGAAGAAGAUGCCGGUGGUCGGGAGGGAGCUGAAGGUGGUGCCCAGCACACGAGUCUCCCGCAUGGAGCUCUGCAGUGAGAAUUUGGUGCUGACGAACAAGGAAAAGAUAGAUUGGCUGGCUGGAGGCUCGCUGGAGAACCUGUUCUAUAAGCUGUAUGAUGAGGCUGGGAGACAGGUUCCUCCCACUGCUGAAAUAGCCUCCAUGAUCAAGGUUAACUGGACAGGAGAUGUAAAUGCAGAAGAUUUGGUCCAGGGGAAGCUGCCUGACUUACAGGUGCCCAAGCAGGUGCAGCCGGCGCUCUUCUACCAGGUGUCCUACCAAGACCAGAGUGUGUCGGUCUCCUUCUACAUAGUGCCUCGUCCGGAUGAACCAAACCGACUCAAAGCAACUCUGAUCCAGAACACCGUGAAGUUGGGUGAAAUCCUUCCUGGAAACAUCAGCUUGGAACUUGUUGACCGGUUUGAUAAUGUAACCAAGACACUAACCUCCACCUGUAAGAACCACAUGACUGUGGAAGCUGAGGGUCUGGACAAAUCGGCCAUCGCCUUUGUUUGGCAGGGGAGCAGCAGCUCUGUUCUGGUGACGGGGGUGCAGUUCCAGUCUGGCCCUCUUGGCCCCAAAGAGUUGUGCUUCACCUACAGGAGCUUUGUGAAACGCGUCACAGUUAAAGUGACUGCUGGAGUCCCUGCACAGCUUAAACUCAUCAGUGGGCCAGCGACGCCGUUGCAGGUGCUGAAUGACCAAGGCAUCGCCACACCGUUCGUUGUCCAGCUGUGUGACGAGUGGGGAAACCCGACUACAGACCAGAGGGUCGUGGUGAAAGUGAACUCUUCAGCCCCGGCACUGAAGGUGACAGCAACUGUUACUUCACAACCCGUAGACGCAGAAGGGAAAGCCUCUUUCACUAUAAGUAGUGUGAGCGGACCAAAGGGGAACUAUCAGCUUGAGUUUAACGGUUCCCUGAACCAGAAGCCCAUCGCUGGUUUCAUCGUGAAUCUCACAGUCAUACCUGAUCCCAACAAACCCGUCAGCCUGUCGGUGGAGUAUAACACCAGUGCCGUGUUUCCUGCUGGAGGCCACUUCCCAGUCUUCUCGGUGACCGUGGUGUCUGAUGAAGGAAGCCCGAUGACGACCUUUAACCCCGCCGCUGCAUCCAUGUUGCUGUCAGCAAACACGCCUCCACAAACGGUGACUGAGCUGAAGUGUAGUAAACCCAUGAAGAAUGAAAAGAACGACCGUUUUCACUUCAGAGAUAAAGAGAUCCCAGAACACGUGGGAAAGUACACCAUCCAGUUUUCUCUACGAAUAGACGAUAGAAAAGUCCUGCACAGUAAUCGGAUUUCGAUAAAUGUGGUGGCCAAUCAACCUGCCAAACUGGGACCCGACUCUCAGCCACCAACACCAGUUGUUUCCGACAGCAAGGCCAUUGCCAACCGAACCCUGGUGGAGAAAAUGACUCUGAAGAUAAUGGAUUCAUAUGGAAACCCAGCGGGUCAGGACCUGGACGGGAAGGUGGUCGUUUCUAUAAAGAACGUCAGUGGAGACGGCAACAAAAACCUCCCGCUGUUUGAAGGCAAAACCAACAGCUUGACGAUACGCUUGGUGGAAGGAAAGGCCCACAUUAAUAGGCUGCUUAUCAUGGAGAACAGCCCCGGCGAGAAUGGGAGCGCAUACAUCCUCCUCUUCAAACCUGAAGUGUUAAUGGUUCCCACGCCCCUCGCUCCUUUUGAGCUCCCCUUCCAUUUUUACAAUGAUUCUGAGAGCCAACGGAAAAUGUCUGAGCUGUCCAGGAAGAAAGAUCAGCUCACUACUUCUAUCACUGCAUACAAAGGCAUCUUUACCACAUAUAGUGAACUCCUUCAUUUGCUGACCUCUCAUCACCUGGAUGCCGGUAGAAAAGAGGCUGAAAUUCGAAAGGAGCUGUUAAGCAGGAAGGUGGAAAUUGCACAAACUAUCCCGGAUAUUGACAGAGUCCUAAAAGAAAAGGGAACUGAAAUCGACAUGAUCCUGAAAAUGCCCAGAAGAGUUUGCUCCAUUCGCGAUCAAUUCAGCGGGCAGCAGGAUGUUUUGGGAAUGGUCGGCCACUUGGCGUUUGUGCAGGAUGACGAUGCUGCGAGGGUCAUCUCCUGGCAUAUCGGGGGCGACAUGGAUUGUGUCAUCACCAAAACGACCGCGGCGGCACGGAGGAUCUACGACGACACCCAAGGGCGGCAGCAGGUUAUGGGCCUUGACAGUGUUUAUGUGCAACAAGGCAACAGACCGAUGCCCCACAUAGGAAAUGGCCGCAUGCUCUUUGAUCCCCCUGGGAACCCGGUCCACGCCAGGAACCUCCUGCGUUACCCCCACGACCAGGAGAGCUGCAACAUCGCUUUUAAAAACAUCCUCGGAGACACUAUUCUGAUUGAUGACCUGGACUCUGGAAACAGCUACAGAAAGGCGGUCGUACAGAAUAAGGGGCCGUGUCCCACCAUCCUGACCAGACAGGGCGACAGGAUCAGUGCCAAGGGCAAGUUCGGAGGCGCACAGAACAAAGCCCCUCCGAUCCACACUUUACAAGUGUUUGGAGCCCCCCUCCCACAGCAUUACUACACUCUAAAGGAACAUAUAGACCUGCUCAGCAAGCACAGGUCAGCUCUGGAGAAGAGGGAUCAGGCAGAAAAGGAACGUGAAGAUCACUUAAAGAACAUAAAGUCUCCUGAAAUGCUGAAAAAGCGACGAGAAAUGGAGGAGAAGAUUACAGAGCUGAAGGAGACCGAGAGACAACUUGUGUCAACCCCGGUGAGACCAGUGAAACGGGGUCUUGAGGGUGCCGGUGGGCCAUCCGGCAUCGUUCCAAAGAGAUUAAAGUAGAUGUCAGCAUCAGAGGUGGACCAGUCCAACCUGAUCUCAUCUUUGAGCUAUUGGAGUUUUUGUAAUUGAUUUUUACUUGUAUUUUUAUAUGUUUUAAUACUUUUAUAAUAAUCACAACAGCUGACAAAGUUGUGUGUAUGGAAUGAUUAAGUUCAAAGAAAAGCUUUAUUCUUUCUUCAAAAAAAAUAUACAUAUUUUCCAAGA